CUCCUCUCUGCCUCCUGCACUGCCUCUCCUUUCUCCCUCCGACCUCUCCGACUCCCCCUCGCCAAUCUUCCUCGCCUUGACCCCCCCACCCCCCAGACUCGUCCGUUCUUUGAUGCGCCAUCCCUGAAUCUCUCCUCCCAGCCAUCCACGAUGUUGGUAUCCUUGACCGUCGGCAAGGUAGACGCCGGAGUCGCCGUGCUCUUGACUCAGGACAACAGGCUGAUCGAAUUCCCCUCCGUCCUCCUGCCCAACAACAUCACCUCCGGCAGCAUCGUCGAUAUCACGGUCGCGCGCAACCACGUCGCGGAAACCAGCAGCGCCGCGAGCUUCCAAACGCUGCAGAAGCGCAUCCUCAACACGUACGGCAUCAAGACACCCACGCCCCCGAUCCUGCGCCUCCGCAACGCAACGCAAACCUCGCUCGUCCUCGAAUGGGACCCAAUCGACCUCGCCACGGCCUCCCUGAAAUCGCUUUCCCUAUACCGCAAUGGCUCCAAAGCCGGGUCCAUCCCCCGCCCGCUCGAAACCCGCAGCACCAAGAUCAGCGGCCUGGCCAUCCACACCGAAUACACCUUCCAUCUGGUCCUGCGCACCACCGCCGGCACCUACCAGUCGGAGAAGCUCACCUGCCGCACGCACAAGAUGACCGAUCUCUCCGGCAUCACCGUCACGGCGGGCGUGCUACCCCCACAGCAGAAAGACGCCCUGGCCACCGCCCUCGACCGCAUCGGGGGUAAACUCAUCGAUACCGUUCGCAUCGAUACCACCCAUUUCGUGUGCACCGAGGGUCGCGGCCCGCUGUGGGAGAAGGCCGUCGAGAUGAAUAUCCCUGUUGUCGUGCCGGAGUGGGUCGAUGCCUGUGAGGCCGAAGGCACCAUAGUCAGUGUCCGUGGGUAUUAUCUGAAUGCCGAUCCCAAGGCCAGACAUCUGGGUCCGAUUACGAGUUCCACGCAGCAUCAGCGCACAGUUUCUACCGCUACCUCCAAUACCCUUGCGCCCUCGCAGAACCAGCUCCAGACUCCCUCCAGACAGUCCCCGCAGGACGGUGACCAGCCUGUCGAACCCCCUGUGACUCCGUUCCCGGGUGCGGAAAUGACGGGUCAGCCUAUCGCGGAGGAGAAGGAGGUUUCGUCGGAUGAGGGCGAGGGGGACGAGUUGCCGCCCCCGCCACCUCCCCCGAAGGAUGAGGACGACAAUGAGGAGGAAGAGAAGGAGAACAUGGAAGCAGGUGAGCAGAAUGGAGAACAUGAGACGCCGCCGCCUCCGCCACAGAAGGACGCGGAUGCGGACGCGGAAGAGAACAGCUCGCCCGCCCAAUCAGACCAGAACGAAGACGAGCACGAGGCAGCGAAGGCCAAGGAGCAAGAGGAAGAGGAAGAGGAAGAGGAAGAGGAAGAGCAAGAGGAAGUGGAGGAGGAGGAGGAUUCAUCAAGUAGCAAAGCGAAGGAGCGCAAGUCAAAAGAGGGCGGAGAAGAAGGCGACUUCAACGAGGUCCCUCUGUAAUCCCCUCCCCCACCUCCCCCGGGUUGUUUGAUGCUCUCCCUCUCUCCCUCUCUCCCUCCCUCCCUAUACCUAUUCUCUACCCACAUCCCACGAUUCUCCCAUUCUCCCAGUUGACUACUAGCGUCAUGAGUGUAUAUCCAAUACCGUUACUACCUUUACCGUUACCGUUACCCUUACCUUUAUGUUCCCUUCAUCCCCCGUCCGUAUGAGUUAUUGUUUUUUUUACCCCCCUGGGCGGAUGAAUGGAUGGAUGGAUGGAUGGCCUUGUCCGGGUGUAUGU